CGGCCUGUAUGAAGCGAAAAUCUACAAAGAAGUUCGGAAUGUGAAGAAUUUGGGUGCGAUGUGACUAUUAUGUGCAAUUUUAUUACAAUGUUGGAUCGUUAUGCAUUUUUGCAAGUAUCUUGGACCUAAAUUUCGACAGGAUGGAUGCCCCUGUAGCCUGCUGUGGUCACACAAAGCCCGUCGAUCGCUGUGUGGCACGUCCACCGUUUAACUAGGGAGGACUGGAGCAUGUCUUCCCUCAGUCUGGCACAUACCUCCUGUAAGAAGCGCAAAGUGGUCAACGUGAUUUUGUUGGACAAGGAACAUAUACAAGUCUACGUUGAUGUAAAAUCAAAAUUCCAGGAUGUGUUCAAUCAAGUGACGGGCCACCUGAAUCUGCGCGAGACCGAGUACUUUGGACUGGCGCAGAAGAAAGAUGGUGAAUACCAAUUUGUCACUCUGGAAGAAAAGAUUCACAAGCAAGCACCAAAGGCAUGGAAGUCGGGUCACGGAGAGGGUUUUGAUGCAGUGGGCCAGCCUGUGUUUACUGUGUACUUCAAAGUCCAGUUUUAUGUUGACCAGGUCGUCCUGUUGAGGGAAAACGUGACAAGACACCUGUACUACCUACAGCUGAGAGAGAAUAUCCUCCACUAUGACCAUGUUUGUACAGAGGAAAAGUGUUUCCAGAUCGCAUCCUUUGCUCUGCAGGCGGACUUUGGAAAUUACCACCCAGACAGACAUGGCGACGGAUAUUUUGACCCCAGAGAAUACUUCCCUGCUUGGAUGAUACAGCAGAGAGGCGGUUCCUACAUACAAAAAAAUACUCCACUUAUACACCAAGAUCUGCAAAAUCUGACCAAGUCAGAAGCCAAACUACGAUUUAUCAAAGAGGCAUCUUUGUCUCCUGCAGCUCACAAUCUCCACUUUUACCGCCUGCGCAAAAGGAAAACAGACAAACGAUGGAAUGCCUGGCUCGGCAUUUGUGCACGGGGUAUAGAGAUUUAUGAGGAACUUGAAGGUCAUUUGAAAGACUUGAUUUCUACUUUCCUAUGGCCGGACAUAGGGAAAUUAUAUUUUGAUAAAAAGAAGUUUGAGGUACGAUCGGUGGGUAACCCUGCAGGGCGGAAGUUUACCUACUACACUGACUGUGAUAAUACCUCCAAGUACUUACUGUACAUCUGUCGCACUACACACAUGUUCCAGAUGGCCAUUCAGUCCAAACUUAUGGAGAUACAACACCUUGAUGCAGAAGACAAAAAGCGGUACAAUGAGGCGUACAUAUACAGUGACACAAAGGACUACAUGGCCAAUGGAGGUUCGUUUCGGGGGAGUCUAUCUCCUGCCAGCAAGUCGUCGAGUACCAACCCACGCUACUCUGUCAUCAGUGAUGCCAGCUCCAACACCACGUCCGGUAUCGCCAGUGAUAAGAUGACCAUCAGUUUUGAGGGGGAGGAUGAUCCAUCAAGGGAGAUACUGAUAGACUGUCCCCCGAGACCGCUGAGCCGACUGACACCUCCUAGUCAAUCCCGCUCCAAGUACUCUGUGGUGCCACGUGAUGGUGUGGCCGUAUCCACUCUGCCAAACUACAAAUCAAACAAGAAUGGAAGUCCUGUGUUAGAGAUGAGACCUGCUGAAUUGUACAAAUCUUCAUCAGUGGGGCGACCAGGUGGGGCUAAGCCUGGGGAUCAUUCCCCAUCCAUACCCCGUCCUCAACAGCUUUCACCUUCAUCCAAACAUGGAACAGACAAGAGGUCACCAGGGUCGUCAUCCGUAGGGGCUUUUCCUUUAAGUGGACAUCAAUCAGAUAUGGACUAUGCUCCUUCUGGGGGUGAGGUGUACCGCAGAAUGUCUCAGCAACAUGUUCAUCCCCCACAGUUCAGCCCUAGGACAGUACCCUUAUACAUGGCCCACACACCAACAUCUAGUUGUGGGGCCCCGCCGCCUGAGCGCAUCUCCUACUCACAGCCAGUCAGCCGUAGCACGAGUCGGGCUGACAGCUUUAAAGGCACUCUCGGUCAGCUCCAGAUACACACUAGUGACAGCCAGCUGCCCCAUCUUCAGCUGGACUCUGGUCUAAGUGACCAAAUGAUGGACAUGUUUUCUGGCAAUGUAAAUCUAGCAGCCCCCUAUCAACAGUCUGGAAUGGAGGCUGGCCUUCCACACAGAGUACAAAGGUCCAAUUUCAUCCCCACGAAUCGUAAUGUAGAUUCUGGUGGUGCCUAUGUAGAGGGUAGUGAGAUGACACUUCAAGCACAUGAACUUUUUGCACCUCCACCAAUGUUUGCUGACUCUUCAAGUCAUGGUAACUUAGCAGAUGUUUCUCCUGUACUAGAGACAAGUGCUGUGUUAAAUUUAGGUCAUGACCUUCAGGUGUCCCAACCACCUGGAGAACAAAGGCGCUACAUGGAAACAAAUCUGGAUGAUGAACUAGAGUCUUCUCCAGAUACUUCCUUGUCAGAGAGUCUUCCACAGAAACAGAGAUCUGGAAACAAGAAAAAGGAAACGUUACAUCCAGAACUGAAGGAGAAAAUACUGGGUCAAAAUAUGUUUGCAAUACCACUAAUGAUGGCGCUGUGCAAGGACAAAACCUUGAUGGGUGCAAAUAGUCAGAAUGGAAAUUUAAGUGGCUCCUACGAUGCAUCUACAAUACAGUCAACAGAUUCUCGAAUCUCACACAGGUUGUCUAAUGACCUUGACCCUAGGCGACUCUCUUCAUGUUACCCUAGUAGCACUAUGGUGUCAUCACACUCUAAUCGGCCAUUCAGUUGGCAUAGUGAAAGUUUUGACUUGGACGCAUCAGUUGGCCUCACCGGCUACCCGGGUGUGGCUGCCUCUGUCGACAAUCAUCGGAGUGUGCCACAAAAUAUUGGUGACCUGACAGGGAUUACAAAUGCUUCCUGGACUCAUGCUAUAUCACAUGGGAUUCCCUUUAGGCAGGGUGUACUGGACAGAUACUCGCCCGAACUCAUAGCAACACAGCAUAUGAUUCCACCAAAAAUCUCCAGUGGAAGGGGGCAUAACUCUAAUGAUAGAAAUAUCAGCCAAAAGCCACUGAAAGAAACCAUCGGCAUUGCAUGACAGUGAAAGUUUUUGCUUUUUUUUUUUUUUUUUUAACUUUGUUGAGUUUUUAGACAUUUUAUGUUUUUGUUCCCUCUAAUAUAAAUACCUCUUUUUGUUAUUGAAUACAAUCUUUCUGAUAUAUAUAACAACAGAUGGUGUUCUAUCUGGUUUUGUUAUUGAAUACAAUCUUUCUGAUAUAUAUAACAACAGAUGGUAUUCUAUCUGGUUUUGAAAAUCAAAAUAUGUUUUAUGUUCUGCCAAGACUACAGUGGUAACAGUUUCACCUCUUUAGAUGAAUCCUGCCAAUAUUUUAUCAUACAUUUCUUCCUAAAGUUUUAGAUGCCAGUGUCUUUUGUUCAGAGAAAGUUCUCGUUGACAUGUUCGACAAAUAUUAUGUGGAAUAUACUCUAUUUUUACAUCAGUAUUUGUGAUUUUGUAUGCCAGCCAAAUCGUUUCCCUUUUUUUUUCAUGUUUUAGUUUCCAAUAUUGGUUUCAUAACAAAUACAAUUUUUCUUCAGAAGUGUAGCUAUAGGUGAGAAGAAAUUUGUCUGACAUUGCCUACAUUCAGUACCUAGGAUUCCUCUUCAGACUUGGAGAUAAACUAUCUUUUACUUGUUGUUAUGUUUCACUUAUUAAGAAUUUCACACUCAAGUGAUGUUACCUAUGAAAGGAGACCAUUUAUGACAGUUGGUGCUUGAUGUAAUCAUGUUACAAGGAAUUUGACGAUAUUCGUUGAGAUAAAAGUACUCGUAGUUUUAUACUUAAUUCCAGUUCUGGAUGAAUGGGAACUCUUAUAUUCAGAUAUGCUUUGUUGUAUCUUUCUACAAAUUUUUCUUCUAUUUUUGUAUGAAAAUGGAAAAAUUCUUCUGUAUUGUGUUAUGCUGUCGUAAGAAAGAUUGGGUUGUUCUUGUAUGUCAAAUGUCACAUAAUGUUAUCGUAUGUGUCAGAUGUCACAUAAUGUUAUUGUAUGUGUCAAAUGUCACAUUGUUAUUGUAUGUGUCAUAUGUCACAUAUUGUUUAUCCUGUAUGUGUCAAAUGUCACAUAUUGUUUAUCCUGUAUGUGGUGGAUGUCACAUAAUGUUAUCGUAUGUGUCAAAUGUCACAUAUUGUUUAUCCUGUAUUUGUCAAAUGUCACAUAUCGUUUAUCCUGUAUGUGUCAUAUGUCACAUAUUGUUUAUCCUGUAUGUGUCGGAUGUCACAUAAUGUUAUCCUGUAUGUGUCAAAUGUCACAUUGUUAUUGUAUGUGUCAAAUGUCACAUAUUGUUUAUCCUGUAUGUGUCAAAUGUCACAUAAUGUUUAUCCUGUAUGUGUCAAAUGUCACAUAUUGUUUAUCCUGUAUGUGUCAAAUGUCACAUAUUGUUUAUCCUGUAUGUGUCAAAUGUCACAUAUCGUUUAUCCUGUAUGUGUCAAAUGUCACAUAUCGUUUAUCCUGUAUGUGUCAAAUGUCACAUAUUGUUUAUCCUGUAUGUGUCAAAUGUCACAUAUUGUUAUUGUAUGUGUCAAAUGUCACAUAUUGUUUAUCCUGUAUGUGUCAAAUGUCACAUAUCGUUUAUCCUGUAUGUGUCAAAUGUCACAUAUUGUUUAUCUUGUAUGUGUCAGUGUUAAUAUUGUUUGUCCUUGGAUGUGUCAUCUAUUACAUAUUGUUUGUCCUUGCAUGUGUCAUCUAUUACAUAUUAUUUGUCCUUGGAUGUGUCAUCUAUUACAUAUUGUUUGUCCUUGCAUGUGUCAUCUGUUACAUAUUGUUUGUCCUUACAUGUGUCAUCUGUUACAUAUUGUUUGUCCUUGGAUGUGUCAUCUGUUACAUAUUAUUUGUCCUUGGAUGUGUCAUCUGUUACAUAUUGUUUGUCCUUACAUGUGUCAUCUAUUACAUAUUAUUUGUCCUUGGAUGUGUCAUCUGUUACAUAUUGUUUGUCCUUGCAUGUGUCAUCUGUUACAUAUUGUUUGUCCUUACAUGUGUCAAAUGUCAUAUAUUGAUUAUCCUACACGUGUCAAAUCUCAGUAUCUGUCAGAUAUUGGUUCCCAUGCCUGUUAAAGAGUUACUAUUGGCUAUAUAGCUACACAUCAGUUGUGUAAAGGAGGUGAGAAUUAAAAAAAAAAAAUACAGUACUAUCGAAAAUGCUACAAGACUAUUGUAACAUUUGUUCCUGUGAUUAUUCUUCUAAAAUGACAAAAAUUCUCCCUAGAUUUGGGUUAUGUAUAUAAAAAAUACAAUAUUGAAGCUAAACACCAUUUUUCAUGUAAGUUGAUUGUAGGACCCUACUGAAGUGGAGCAUUACAUGUCAAGUUAUUUAUAUAGUAACGUUAUAAUGUAUUUACCCAGUAUUUCAUCCCAAAAGAUUAUUCAUAUUGUAGUAGAAUUUUUUUUAAAGGCAUCAAUGGAUAUGAUGAAUGAUAGAUUAUAUCUUCGGCGGAGAGGUUCUACAUGAGUAUGUACACAGGGUGCUGUGUUAGAUUAUACAUAGAGCCUCAGCUCACAUUAGUUAACUUUCUAUCAUUGUCAUCUUUAGAUAUCUCUCACUUUUAUAACUAUUUGUACCUUAACCCUAACUUCCAAGCCUAUAUGUAUUCAUGGAAUUAGAAUUCUGCUAUGUACUUCUAUAUUUGUCCUUGCCAUUUUUACACAUGUUGUACUAUUGUGAGCAUUUUCCCAUAUAACAUACCAGUGCAAUAUAUUACUGGUUUCUGUUACAUUAAAAGUCGGAUUGUGAUAUAAACUAUAUUGAUAUUAUUUUUCAACAAUUUAAGAUAUGCAUUUGUUUUGUAUUUUAAUUCCCACCUAAAUUUCAUAUUUGAAAAGCUAGUUAUGAUGCUCUGAUUUUUCACAAAAAAUAUGUCAAAAGUGUGUAUUCAGAUCAAAGUGUUUAUUGCUAUUUUUAUUAGCUUGUUUUAUAUUGGAAAGUUUAUAUGUGAUACCUGUAUUUGUUUAUAUUUUAUCAAAACAAGCAAAAUUGGCAAUUGUUUGCAAUUUAUGUCUUUAUACUUUUAAUUUCAAAGUAUACUUUACAGAAAUUGAAUGAACUGAAAAGAGCUUUUUGAUUUUUAUUUCCAUAUUUCCAAAAUAAUAUUUAGAAGUGUCAGCAUUUUAAAGACUGGUGACCAUAGGCUAUUGGAGCCACAGUGGAAAAAUGCAAUGAGGGAAAACACUUGGAUAUCAUUCUACUUGUAUUUUGAUCAAAACAGACAUUACUUUAUAGAUAUAUAUAUUAUAUAUAGAAAUAAGUUUCUUUAAAUGGAUAUAUUACCAGUAUGUAUAAUGUACUAUGUACAUGCAUGUGUGUUUUUAAUGAUGUAGCUCUGAGCAACUUGACAAAAGUUGAUGUGUUUCCAUAACAUUUGGGGAUUGUAUUUGAUGCAUCCCACACCUGAGGAUGAAGACCUACCGUAAUUUCCUGUGUAUUACCCACAAGCUAUAUGAUUUAAAACAUUAAAAACUGCCUUCUGCAGGCUAUCUGAAAGAAGGUUUUCCAAAAAACGUUUUUAAAAAACUUUCGAUACUCAUGUUAACUUUCUGUGUUUCCCUGGUGUACUACCAUACAGGUGCCAACAUUUAUUGCUGUUUAUGUAUGAUAUAUGAAUGGUACAUUUACCUGAGCAUUAACAAAAACAAGUCACUAGUACCAGAGAUGUAUGUGAUAUAUAUGUCUCUGCUAGAACUUGUGCAUCUAGAAAUACGUUUAUAUACACUGUUCACUUGUCAAAGCAAUAUAGGUCUCCACUGUGAGAACUAAACACACAGCGAGGAUUUCCCUGCUAGUUAUAGUUUGUACUUUAUUAUGUAGCAGUAAGCCCAUGGGUAAUGCACCGAAGAGGGCUAUCUACAGAUUUUAAAUAAUGCAACUAUUAUGUUUGCUUGUGCAUGCGAUCUUAAUGGUGUGGGCAAUACACAGGAAAUAAGUGGUCACAUUCUCAUAAUAGUAUAGUGCAAUAUAUAUAUAUAGAUAUAUUUUAUAUAUUUUGUGUGAGAGAGUGACAUAUAUGUAUGACCUGGUGUGUGUAUCGUGUAUAAAUAUAUUUUAUGAUGUAUGGCUCGUUUUGUUAGAUACAGAAGUAUGUAUGGGUGGAUGUAUUAAUACAGAAAGUAAAUGACUGGGUGAGAGAUUCUGCCUAAUUUGUAUCUCAGUCAAGCUGCCUAACAACAUGCUUACAAUGAAGAACAAACCAUAUAUAGGAUCUUUUUACCUAUGUCUCAACAUUGCUUCCUUCAGGUUAGUGACUAAACGAUUAGUUUUAUAUCUGUAGUAGCUCUUAUCAGUGGAUUCUACUUAUAGGACCUCUUAGCCCCUUUUAUCUCUGGAGGGGUUUAAACAGAAAAGUUCUGUCUUUGGUGGAUAUCUUUAAUAGAAAGUUCUUUCAGGUGGGAAGUUCUAUCUGUGGGAGACCUUAUAACUGGAAAUUCUCUCUUUGGUAGACUUUAAAACAGAACGAUCUACCUGUUGACCUCAUAAACAGGAAGUUCUAUCUUUGGGAGCUCAUAAACAGGAAGUUCUAUCUUUGGGAGCUCAUAAACAGGAAGUUCUAUCUAUGGGAGCUCAUAGACAGGAAGUUCUAUCUUUGGGAGCUCAUAAACAAAAGUUCUAUCUAUGGGAGCUCAUAAACAGGAAGUUCUAUCUAUGGGAGCUCAUAGACAGGAAGUUCUAUCUUUGGGAGCUCAUAAACAGGAAGUUCUAUCUAUGGGAGCUCAUAGACAGGAAGUUCUAUCUUUGGGAGCUCAUAAACAGGAAGUUCUAUCUAUGGGAGCUCAUAGACAGGAAGUUCUAUCUAUGGGAGCUCAUAAACAGGAAGUUCUAUCUUUGGGAGCUCAUAGACAGGAAGUUCUUCUUGUUGGAGAUCUUUUUAACAAGAAGUUUUAUCUGUGGGAGCUUUGAAUCAGCAAAUGUCCUCAGUAAGAGCUCAUCAACACUUCCUGAACAUUUUCUGAAAUGCUUUUUCAAAUUGCAACAAGGAGAUCACACCAGCUCUUAACAUUAGCCAGGCCAGUUUAUCUCUGGCAUUUGGUUAUUGGAUAUCAUAACAACUUCAAAAAGACAUGUUAUGUGUGAGUGAAGAAUGUGUGACUUGGCUGUGCUUGAAUGAAUGAAUGAGUUGUAAACAGAUGACAUAAUUGUAUGAAAAUGCAUGAAGAUCUGUAUAUAAGAUAUCGUAACAAUAAUGUAAACUGGCUCAGGGUGAUAUAUUUAUUGGAUUUUAGUUGCACAUUAUGAGCAAAAUUUUAAGACAUUUGAUGUUGUAGAGAACAUAGUGAAAUAGAUAGGUGUUGAUACUUUACCUGUGUGUGUACCUGUGGCAAUUUAUUUACCUGGAGUACACUGUACCUGUUCAAUCUAUACAGGUAUAUAUAAAUAUAAACUCUGUGUAUAUAUGUAUGUACCUGCGGUGUACUUAUAUGUAGGUACCUAAAUACAUUAUAUUGAUAUUGAUUACAACAAACUUGAAUGUCCAUCAUUCUCUCCAUGUUAUAUACACCCAUUGACUCAUCUUAUUUAAAUCAAAAGUAUAAAAAAGGAGCAAAUGAAAAUAACAUCAUGUUUUAUGAAAUUAAAUCUGUAUUGUUUGAGAGAAACAAGUUAAUCAGAAUCGGAGAGAAAAAUGUGUGUAAACUACACUGAACAGGAGGAAGGUACUUGAUUGAGAGCAGAUUGACUUGAUUGUGAUGCACACUGUAGUCAUUCCAGAGGCUUACCCUAUAACUAAUGUGUACUGACCAGUAGACAACUACAAACAAUAACCGGAGAGUGUGGAUCAGCACAUUUUACAUCUAGUCCAAUCAAAAGUGAUGAUAAUAUGAAUUAUCUUUGUUAAAUGUUUGUAGUACUGUAAGUAUGUAUGAUUCUGGUCAGUAUUUCUCAUGGUUGUUGUGGUUCUGUAUCUGUAGUCGACCAUUGUGGAACAGGAACUGUAACUUUUGUGGAGUGAUGAGGCGGUAUUUUCUGCUCUUACAGGAAAACUGUAGACCAUUUAUUGGAUGACAUUAACACACCAAGGGUUGUCUCCCCUGUAUCAUAUACAGCAUUAUGUACAGCUUCAUACUAAAAUAUUGUAAGAUGUUGAAUGUUAUAUGUCUCUCAUAUUGUAUUAUCUAUGCACGACUAUUACCAUUAGCCAUAGAACAAACAUACAACUCAAUCAUAGUUUCCUGUACAAACUUUCAUCUCGGUUUCACCAGGACAUCUGGUCAAAGUUUCAUCAGAGUUCCUUAACUUCAUUUUUUUCAUAGGAAAGCAUUACAAAAUUUAACGAAAACAUCUUCAUCAAAGAACCUCCCUUAGAUUCUGUAAUGAUUUCCUAUUGAAAAUUUAAAUUUCUUCAGUAAAGGAACGUUGAUGAAACUGGCCUAUGGUCCCAUGAUCACCAGGACAGUCAAUCAUGGUUUCCUGUACAAGUUCUUGUCCAGUUUCCACAGGACAGCUAAUCACUGUUCCCUGUAUGUUCCCCAUUUCAUGAAUACUCUUCAAUUUUCUAUAAUUAUAAGCAUAUAACUGGAGUUAAAGAGAACUCAGAUUUGUUUUUUUUUUAAUUUUAUUAAUAUGCUUUAGUAAUUAAUAUUAAGUGAUUUUAAAAUGAAACAUAUGUAACAUAUGAAACACUCUACUGACAAGUUCAAGGGGUGGCUUACAGAUAUUAAAGUAUAUUUACUUUUUGGUUGAAUUAUGAUAUUGAUUUAUUUGUUGAAUUAGAAAAUGUUGACAUAUUUGAUAUGUUUCAACAAACAAUUGUUGAGACUCCCAUAACCUGGGGUAUGAGGGUUGUUCUGUACAUGUAUACUGUAACACAAAUUGUUUGAUAUUUCAAUUGUGAAAAUAUGCAUUAAUUAUUUAUCUUUAAGGUGUAUUUUAUUGAUAUAAUUUGUACAUUGAUUCCAUAUGGAAGUAAAAUUUACCUACAGAGUGCUAUGAUUCCUCAGGCAUUUGUAAAAGGGUCGGGUAAGGAUGUGUUUGUGUGAUAGAAAGCAAGGAUGAUGUGUAUAGGAAGGUGCAUGCUGGGUAUUUAGUAGGUGGAUGUGGAGUAAUGUUUGUGGAAUGCUGGGUGAUGUGUGGGCUGCUGGGUAAUGUGUGGGGACUGACAGCACUGUGUUGGUAGAUUGAAGCUGACAUUGUAUGCAAUAAUAUUAAUUUGGAUAACUAGAGUCCAUCCAGUCUUAGAUCUGAACUGUAAAAUCAUGUGAUGUAUUGUUUCUUUCAUUUCCUGAUUUGUAUGAGGCAUUAUAAUGUUGUGUGUGAGAGAGAUUCAGCUGAGGCACUAGAGAAACUAUAGCAUCCAUUCCAUAUUGCAUCAUGAUAUGUAUAAAUGCUACUAGUAUAACUUGUUUAACUUAGAAUGUGUUUAUGUCCAUACCCAUAUCAUGUUAUAUAGACCUUUUUAUCGAUUAGUCAGACAUCAUCUAUUGGUUGGUAUAAAAUAUAUAUAUCAUAUUUUCAUAAAUGAGAUAUGUAUAGUUAUGAAAAAGUAUCAAAUAAAGACCCAAGAUAUUUACUUACAAAAUAAA